CCCUCGCAUCCUCCUCCAUCCUGUCUCUCUCCCUCCAAAACUGCGGACGAGGAAUUCUGAGGGAUACUGAAACUCCGAUGGACGUCGGAACUUAUACUCAGCAACGUAUCCUCUCCGAUCCGAUCAUCAAAUCCGAAUACGAGUACCACGAGGAAUAUAUAAGAAAUUCGCGAGGCGUAGAGCUGUUCGCCUGCAGCUGGGUUCCGCCUUCUUCUCCCAGAGCUCUCGUCUUCCUCUGCCAUGGCUACGGAAUGGAGUGCAGUCGCUUCAUGAGGGAUAAAGCAGCUGCUGGUGCUGCUGCUUUUGCUUACGAAUGCGGAAUGAGAAUGGCUUCGGCGGGAUACGCGGUGUUUGGGAUGGACUACGAGGGCCACGGUCAGUCCAAGGGCGCUCGCUGCUACAUCAAGAAGUUCUCCAACAUUAUAGAUGACUGCUACGGCUAUUACACCUCCAUCUGUGCACAGGAAGGAUACAGGGAGAAAGGAAGAUUCUUGUAUGGAGAAUCCAUGGGAGGUGCAGUGGCACUGCUGCUUCAUAAGAAAGACCCUUCCUUCUGGAACGGUGCCAUUCUUCUCGCUCCAAUGUGCAAGAUAUCGGAGAAAGUGAAGCCACACCCCGUGGUGAUAAAUCUGCUGACGAGAGUGGAAGAGAUCAUACCAAAGUGGAAGAUUGUUCCAUCCAAAGACGUUAUCGACUCUGCCUUCAAGGACCCCUUCAAGCGAGAAGAGGUAAGGAACAACAAGCUGAUCUACCAGGACAAGCCCAGACUCAAAACUGCUCUUGAAAUGCUCAGAACCAGCAUCAACCUCGAAGACACGCUCCAUGAGAUAACGACGCCGUUCUUGGUGCUGCAUGGGGAGGCAGAUAUCGUGACGGACCCUGAGAUUAGCAAAUCAUUGUACGAGAAAGCCAGCAGCAAAGACAAGACCAUUAAGAUGUACCCGGGGAUGUGGCAUGCGCUGACGUCAGGCGAGCCCGACCACAACGUCGACCUCGUCUUUGCUGACAUCAUCUCCUGGCUCGACGUCCGCACCGGUGACGCCGCCUCUCUCGCCGUCACUCCCAUCCGCCACUUUAGCUUCUCCGUGGAGAAGGUCACCAACGGCGUUAGUAACGGCCAACGGAGACCUAAACGGCCCCAGGCCAGUCUCCUCUGCGGUUUGGGCGGUGGCCGUUUGCUCCAUCACUCUUCUGUGUAAUAAUAAUAAUAAAAAAUACUCGUGCACUUCUCAAGCAAUGCGUGUAUUUGUUGGAAUAAUAUAUAACCAUUAACUUCUCUUUUUUCGAAUAA